UUUAUGAUAACUAGUUUGGGAUUUUACUCAUCAGUAGCAAAUCGGCAAAUCGCAAGACCACCCUCUGAAUUUCAUCAAUCCAAUCAAUGCAAAAGACUAGAAUGAGAAAACUGCAGAACUUGGCGAUCAAAUUCCCAUUCCAUUCUUCUUCCUUGUUUUGCAUUGUGAGGAGCUCUUCAAGAUCAUCACAAUACAGGGGAUUAUUCAAUGAACUGAAGCCUCCAAUUCCAAGGAAGGAACCUGUUGCAGUUUCUGCCCACGGGAUAACAUGGCACGAUCCUUACCAAUGGAUGUCCAAUGCCCAAGACCCUGCAGUAUCUCAACAUCUUGAACAAGAAAAUCAUUACACUGAAGCUUUCAUGAAAGACACAGCUCAAUUACAACGACAGUUGGAGGCUGAGAUGCUAUCCAGAAUGGCCCCUGAGUUUUCUACUCCCCCAGAGCGCUGGGGUCCAUGGUUAUAUUACCAGCGCAUUCCUGAAGGCAAAGAAUUUCCUAUGCUUUGCAGACGACGGGAAAGACGAAAUGGUUAUGCUGCUGCAUUUUUUGAUUAUGUUCGAGGAAAUUAUAGAGAGGAAGUUUUGCUUGACUGGAAUGAAGUUGCAGUACAGUUUGGCUAUGUUAAUGUGGGUACAUAUCGGAUUUCUCCUGAUCAACGUUAUCUAGCUUAUACAUUGGAUGUGAGUAGAAGAGAGCUGUUCACACUUUUUGUGAAGGAUUUAAGGACAGGUUCUAUACUUUCAAAUACAAACAUAGGUGUCGUUAACUUAGCUUGGUCAAAAAAUGGGCAAAUUUUGUUGUACACUGUCGGUGAUGACUUGCAAAGGCCUUCCAAAGUAUUAGGAAAAAGAUUAGAUUCAGAGUAUGAAGAUAUGCUAUUGUUUGAAGAAAAGGACACUAGUUGCUGUGUUGACAUUGCAAGUACAAAAGACUGUCAGUUCAUCACCAUAAAUUCCAAUUCAAGGACAUCAUCAGAGGUGUAUUUGAUGGAUUCAGCUGACAUAACAACAGGGAUACAAAGAAUACGAAAGCGGGAGACUGGUGUCCAGUACUUUGUAGAGCAUCAUCAUGGGUUUUUUUAUAUUCUCACCAAUGCUCCAUUGGGAGAUAAUAAAAUGGUUAUGGAUAAUUAUUAUGUAGCCAAGUGCAGUGUUGGCAAAAUAGGCUCAAAUGAAUGGCAGAAUGUGAUCCAAGUUGAUGAAGGUGUCACAAUUGAGGAUUUGGAUAUAUUUGACAAGUACAUGGUGUUAUAUCUUCAUAAAGGAGGAUUGCCAAUAAUUUGUUCUUUGGAUAUGCCUCUACAAGUAGAUUUGAAGGAUGGAAAACAGCUUGAGGACCUUAACUCGUGGUUCCUGCCGAUGCCAGCAGACACCUCUGUUGUGAUUCCGGGAUCAAAUGAUGAUUUCAAUUCCUCUAUUUUCCGUGCAGUGAUCUCUUCUCCUUUGAUGCCUGAGGCAACAAUUGACUAUGAUUUAUCGAGGCGACAAUUGACAUUAGUGCAGCAGGUGGAGGUAUUAGGGGUUAGUAGAAAUACUGGCAAAUCACAGUUCUUCAUGAAUCAUAGUGCAUCACCUCAAUCCACUGAGGUUCCAGAAAUUCUGUCUAUUAAAGCCUACAGAGAAAACGAGAGAGGUCAGCUUUGGAGUGAUUUUGCAGAAAUCUACUGCUGUGAACGGAGAGAAGUGCUUUCACACGAUGCUGUCAGAAUCCCUCUGACAAUCAUCCAUUCUCGAAAAGUAAAACAAGAUGGCACAAAUGCAGGUAUCGUACAUGGUUAUGGAGCAUAUGGAGAAACCUUGGAUAAGCGAUGGUGCAGUGACCUCAUGAGCUUACUUGAUCGUGGAUUUAUUAUUGCCUAUGCUGAUGUAAGAGGAGGCGGUGGCGGAGGCAAGUCCUGGCAUAAUGCAGGCAAAGCGUUGCAGAAGACCAACUCCAUCUUUGAUUUCAUUGCUUGCAGCAAAUAUCUUGUGGAGGAGGGAUACGUGCAUAAAAAAUAUUUAGGAGCCAUGGGAAUCAGUGCAGGUGGGCUUCUGGUAGCUUCAUCUGUCAACACAUGUCCAGACUUAUACGGGGCUAUAAUUCUGAAGGUUCCUUUCCUAGAUGUUUGUAACACAUUAUUGGAUCCAAGCUUACCGCUCACAGUUUUGGAUUAUGAAGAAUUUGGUGAUCCAAGGAGCUUUGUUGAAUUUUCAACUAUUCGUAGUUAUUCUCCAUAUGAGAAUAUUCAGAAAGGGGUUUCUUACCCUGCCAUGUUGGUGACAGCAUCUUUCCAUGAUUCAAGGGUUGGUUUUUGGGAAGCUGCCAAGUGGGUCGCUAGGGUGCGUGAAUUAACUGAGAGAGAUUAUUCUCGGCCUGUUCUUCUGAAGACAAACAUGAACACUGGCCAUUUUGGAGAGAGUGGUCGUUAUAGGCAUUGUAAGGAGACUGCAUUUGAAUAUGCAUUUUUUCUCAAAAUGUUGGGCCCUUAGUUCUCUUAUUAUUGUCUUGGAAAUUUGGAAUAUGCCUUCGUGUGCACAGAUGAUACUCAUCUACCCACUGAUAAUUUCUGACAAUUUUCAAAACACUAGGUAGUAGAAUUGUAACCUCAUCUGUAUAGUAGGAAACAGAGUUUGAUCCUUUUCAUCAUGACUAUGUUGGCUAGUUCGAUGAGUGACUUGUCAUCAAUUGCAACUACGAUCCUACAUCCCUCAGCCUGAUAAUCCAUGGUCAAUCUCAGUUUUGUAAGUGAAUUUGGGAAGCCAUGAGUGAACUUUUUAUUUAUAGAUCAACAUGACUGAAAACCAUUACCCUGAGUUAUCUGAGCUACUCAGGACUGCACAAUAUUGAAAUGUUGGUCACAUUCCACAAAUGGUCGUAACAUCUAAAAUAAAUGCAUAUGGCAGAAAAAAUGAUAAUAGUGUUAUUCCAAAGGCAAAGUACAACUGAAUGUGCUGAAAGUGUUAAUACAUAAAAAGCAUACUGUACAGUAUCACAGCCCCAAAUAUUAUAAAAUAAUAAAUCUACAACAAAGAGCUUUAAAGAUU